AUGGCUUACCUCCAAAUUAAUUUAAAUAGGAGUAGAGAGGCCCAGGCUCUGGCCCUCCACACAAUGGAAGUUAAGGGAGCAAAUGUUCUGUGCAUCAGUGAACCUAACUGCAUACCUGAUCACCCAGGCUGGGUAGGAAGUACGGACGGGAAAUGCGCCCUGUUCUUCCAGCAAAAUCAGCACGUACUGAGAACCGGCUCAGGCGCAGGGUACGCAUGGGCUGACUUGGAUGAUCUCAGAAUAUACAGCUGCUAUAUUUCGCCGAAGUGUACACUUAACGAAUUUGAUGUCUUCCUAUACAGACUAUUCGAUAGUGUCAGAGGAGCUACAUCAGAGGUGAUUGUUUCUGGGGAUUUCAAUGCCCAUUCACCAGCUUGGGGAUCACACAAAACCAAUCCAAGAGGGAAAGCUCUGAUUGAAAUUGUCGAGUCUUUAAACCUUCUUGUGCUCAACGAUGGCAAAGUGCCGACUUUUCCACACGUGAACUCAUUUCUGGAUCUGACGUUGGUGGCAAAAGGAAUUACGAGGAAGAUUGGCUCCUGGGAGGUACUAGAGCAGGAGUCUUUGACUGAUCAUCAAUAUGUAUUCUUCAAUACAAGGAUGACAUUGAGAAGUGUACAAACCGAAAAGAACGGAUGGUCAUGGAGGAAGUUGGAUAUAGACAGAUUGGACAAGUUCAUUGCGGAGGCAAAAACACCAUUGUCAAUGACUGCAGAAACCAGCUCCACUGCGUUAUCUGAACUCUUAAGGAACGCAUGUAAUAGCUGUAUGCCAAAAGGUACAUACAAAUGGGGGGAGAAGCCAUGUUACUGGUGGUCACAAACCAUUGCGGAGCUCCGGAAGGAAUGUAUGCACUCUAGAAGGAAGCUGCGCAAAUCACGAACGCGGAACGAAGAUUGCGUUUCAAAACUUGAAGAGUACAAGGUCCUGAAGAGGAAGCUCAAAGCUGAAAUCAGGAAAAGUAAAGAAAACAGUUAA